AUGCCGAUAAGGUCGCAAUUCGAAGACGCCGGAAGUAUAAAUUCACCCGCGCGAGAUCCGAGGGAUAUUCCAGUCAGGAUAUAUUUGAAGAAUAUGAAUUUAAAAAAUAAAUAUGAGACUCCAGUGAGGAUACACUUGAAGAAUGUAUAUGCUACUCUCACCCUUGCUACCAUAGCAGCCUCUGUUGGUGGCUAUGCCCACAUGUUCAGCACAUUUAUUAGUUCUGGAUUCAUGACUUUUCUGAGUGCCAUUUGGGUAUUAAUAUUACUCGUAUUUACACCUUAUGAUGGCAAAAACCAGCUGCAGAGACUUUCUCUCCUUGGUAUCUUUGCCUUCUUGACUGGCUGUAACCUUGGCCCAUUUUUGAAUCUGGCUGUGACUAUCAACCCUGCAUUGGCAAAUUUGUACAUUGGUCUAGCAGUCAUGUGUGGCUUUAUAGUCUAUGACACUCAGUUCAUUGUUGAGAGAGCACGCCGAGGAGAUAUGGACUAUGUGAUGCACAGUUGA